UCAGCUAACGCAAACCAAGGUUAUGCGCAUGGACUCAAACCGUGGACGAUUGCUGUGAUUAUUAUUGCCAUCUUGGCGGUGGUUUUGGCCAUGGCUUCACUUGGCUGGCUUAUAAGAAAUCGAUACACGCAUCAACGCACCGCCAAAUAUCAACAUACCAAUUUUCCUUCCAUCGAAAAAGAUCAUCUCAGCGCCCUGCCCAUCAUUAGCCCUUUCCCCAUCAAAUCGACCCCACGCAAAGCAGGGUCCGACACCAUCGAAAGCUAUUCCAAAUCCACCAGAAAUUCGGUCACGUCCAACUCCGCGUAUGCCGCCGUGGGGUCGUUGAAGAAUCCAUCCAUGAUCACAUCAAAGAGUGACGGCGAUGCGUCACAGAUCGCCAAAAUGGACGUACGACAAACCAGUUCCAUUCUAAGUUCGACCGAUGCUUUGUUGAUAGCCGACACCUUCCGCCAGUUUAUGCGGAAACCAGAAUGGAUUGCUUCCGAGGAUGACGGGAAAACUAAACGACGUAGCAUACUGGAAACCGACCCGCCUCAAGAACGACUAGGAGAUCAACUGUUAAGGAAACAGCUGGAAGAAGAAGGUGCCCAAGUACGUCACGUCGAAACACGGUCAAGGCCUGUCUCCGGUUUAGAUCAAAUACCAUAAUCUUCCAUACUGCUGGCGGCGCGAUUAAAAAAAAAAAAAAGAAGAUUGAUGUAAAAUUUUAGAAUUUCUGAUGCAUUAUGUCCUUUUUUCGCUUUCGAACACCUUCAUAAUAUAAAUCCACCUUCUUAUCAUCAUGACAAAACAUUCUUUCAGGCUUGCUUUGAAUGGCAUCUUUGCUGUCUAUAAACCGCGAGGAAUGAUGUCCGGUGCGGCGAUGAAGAAAAUUCAACUGUCUUUGACACGGGAACUGUUCAUGCGAAGCAUCGGUGAUCUGGCCGCAGAACCAUCCAUACGCUUUUCUGUCAAAAACCACGAUAGGUUAAAAAUAGGGCAUGGAGGGACACUGGUAAAGUAGAGUGACAAGUCAAAAGGUUGAAGUUUGUGGCACUGAACUCAAGAUCAUGUAAAAGGAUCCAAUGGCAGAAGGAGUUUUGGGCAAGUU